GUGAACAGGAGUCUGUGCGCCGCUGAAGACUCCUCUGAGUCCUGGAUCAGGUAUCUGGACCACAUCGAUGACAAAGUCCAGGACGGACUGUUCCAGCUGGUGUUCAGAUCCCUGCACUUCCUGUUUGACAACAUGAACCCACAGAGCUGCAGUGUGUUUCUGGCUGUCUGUCUGCAGCUGCAGGAAACAGGAAGUGUGUUUGAGCCGUCAGUGGGCGGCGGCCUCUCUGACCUCCUGCAGACGAUCAUCUCUGACGUUUACACUGCAGCCAGUCUGCCACAAAGGAUCUCUGUGAGUCGCCACGGCAACUACCAGGAGUCCCUGCAGCAGAGUCCGGAUCUCUCUGCAUUGGAACAGGAAGUGAUGCAUCGCCUGCUGCAGGUGAGGGAGGAGGCGGAGCGUCUGGCAGCGGGGCUGGAAAGAUACUCGUACCUGUGGCAGAGCGACAGGAGUGGGGUGAUGCAGGAGUUCCUCACCUACAGCAGACAGCUGGCACCUGAGGAGCUGGAGGCAGAGGAGACCCCGCCCACCCUGAAGGACUUCCAGAGAGAGCUCGAGUCACUCCACAACUUAAGUAGAGAGGUGACUCACCUGGAUGACGUCAUCGUUCUGCACAGCUGGCUGCAGGUGGACCUCCGACCCUUCAAAGACGCCCUGCUGUUGGUCGUUCGCGACUGGAGACACCUGUACACGGAGUACCUGCUGGACUCGGUCAGUGACAGUCUGCAGCAGGUCACUCACCAUGCUGGUGAUGAUGAAGAGUCUCCAUCUUCAUCCAGCUUCCCUCUGGCAGAAAGCAUCAUCCUGCUGGAAGCUGCAGGAGUUGAGCUGCCUGAACACCUGUCGGCUCAGCUACAGUGUUGAUCACCUGAAGAGGAAACGGCUGACUCAGAAGACACCUGGACACUGCUUCAGAUGUGAUGAUUAAAAGUUGAUGCUUUGAUGCGGAUUAUGAGUUUUUAGUGAACAUGAACCAACGUGUUGGCUUCACACGUCUCAGUCUGAAUCCAGAUGUUCAACCUCUGUGUCUUCUGUCAUCCUCCUUGGUUGUCUCCGUGUCUCUGAGCCCACGUGGAGACAUUUGUUACCUGAUUGAGUGGAGCAGAGCGGAGCUGCUGAUUGGUUCACAUCUCAGAUGAUUCUCCUCCAUGUCUCAGAUCUGUCAGAUCUCUCUGGGUUUUAAGUCCCGACACUAUGAGUUGUGGGUAAUUUCCUCAGGCACAAAUUCAGACUUACAUAAAGAGGGCAUUAAGGGCUACUUGACCGAGGGACCUCCCACCACCCUCAGAGACUGGGUGGGGUGUGAACAUCUUUAAAGAGU